AUGAGCCCCGAGCCGGUCCCGCCGCCGCCGCCGCCCCAGUGUCCCGGCUGCGAUCGCGCGGAGCCGAUCGCCCAGCGCUUAGAGGAGGGCGACGAGGCCUUCCGCGCGGGCGAGUACGAGAUGGCAGCCGAGCUCUUCCGCUCCAUGCUAGCCGGGCUGGCGCAGCCGGACCGCGGCCUGUGCCUGAGGCUGGGGGACGCACUGGCCCGCGCCGGCCGCCUCCCGGAGGCCCUGGGCGCGUUCCGCGGCGCCGCGCGGCUCGGGGCGCUGCGGCCAGAGGAGCUGGAGGAGCUGGCGGGCGGCCUGGUGCGCGCCGUGGGCCUGCGCGAGCGGCCGCUGUCCGCGGAGAACCCGGGCGGCGAGCCCGAGGCGCCGGGCGAGGGAGGGCCAGCCCCGGCGCCCCGCGCGCCCCGCGACCUGCUCGGCUGCCCGCGCUGCCGGCGGUUGCUGCACAAGCCGGUGACGCUGCCCUGCGGGCUCACAGUCUGCAAGCGCUGCGUGGAGCCGGGGCCCGCGCGGCCGCAGGCGCGACGCGUGAACGUGGUGCUGAACGGCCUGCUGGAGAAGUGCUUCCCGGCCGAGUGCCGGCUGCGCAGGUUGGCGGGCCAGGCGCGUAGCCUGCAGCGCCAGCAGCAGCCCGAGGCCGCGCUGCUCAGGUGCGACCAGGCGCUGGAUCUCGCUCCUGAUGAUAAUUCAUUAUUGCUGCUGCGGGCAGAGUUGUAUUUGAUCAUGAAGAACUAUGAGCAAGCUUUCCAGGAUGCCAGUGCAGUUUGUCAGAAUGAACCUCUCUUGAUUAAGGGACAUCAAGUAAAAGCUCAGGCUCUUUCUGGAUUGGGAAGAAGUAAGGAAGUGUUAAAGGAGUUUCUCUACUGCCUUGCUCUAAAUCCUGAGUGUAACUCUAUGAAGAAAGAAGCACAGAAGGUAAUGUGUGAAGUGCUGUUUUCAGCUACAGAAAAUGUGCAUGAAAAUUUAACAUCUUCCAUCCAAAGCAGAUUAAAGGCUCAGGGUCACAGCCACAUGAAUGCCCAGGCUCUGCUGGAAGAAGGUGAUGCAGGGAGCUCGGAGAAUUCAUCUGAGAAAUCUGAUAUGCUUGGAAAUACCAAUUCUUCAGUUUUGUAUUUUAUACUGGGUCUACACUUUCAAGAGGAUAAAAAGGCGUUAGAAAGCAUCCUUCCAACAGCACCCAGCGCUGGCUUAAAGAGACAGUUUCCAGAUGACGUGGAGGAUGCACCUGACCUGAACGCCCCUGGAAAAAUUCCCAAGAAAGAUCUCUCACCUCAAAGGAGCCCAAACUCUGAGGCAGAAGAAAGUCAGGGGCUGUCGCUUGAUGUAACUGACUUUGAGUGUGCCCUCUGCAUGAGGUUGCUCUUUGAACCUGUCACUACGCCCUGUGGACACACAUUUUGCCUAAAAUGCCUUGAGCGCUGCCUUGACCAUGCCCCACACUGUCCUUUGUGCAAAGACAAACUUUCGGAAUUAUUGGCAAGCAGGAACUUUAACAUAACUGUCCUGGCCGAAGAAUUAAUAUUUCGAUAUUUGCCGGAUGAAUUGUCUGAUAGGAAGAGAAUUUAUGAUGAAGAAAUGUCAGAACUGUCAAAUCUGACCAGAGACGUCCCCAUCUUUGUGUGUGCCAUGGCCUUCCCCACGGUCCCAUGUCCACUCCACGUCUUUGAGCCCCGCUAUCGGCUUAUGAUAAGAAGAUGCAUGGAAACUGGCACCAAGCGGUUUGGCAUGUGUUUAUCCGCUGAACACGGAGGGCUUUCAGAAUAUGGAUGCAUGCUGGAGAUUAAGGACGUGAGAACGUUUCCCGAUGGAAGUUCUGUUGUAGACGCGAUUGGCAUCAGUCGGUUCCGAGUGCUUAGCCACCGCCACAGAGAUGGCUAUAACACAGCGGACAUUGAGUAUCUUGAAGAUGAAAAGUUGGAGGGUCCAGAGUACGAAGAACUUGCCGCUCUCCACGAUUCCGUGCAUCAACAGUCUGUUUCCUGGUUCGCGUCUCUCCAGGAUCGCAUGAAAGAACAAAUUUUAAGUCAUUUUGGGGUAAUGCCAGACAGAGAACCGGAGCCUCAGAGUAAUCCCAGCGGCCCUGCCUGGUCCUGGUGGAUCCUGGCCGUGCUGCCCCUGGAGCGCAAGGCUCAGCUGGCCAUCCUCGGCAUGACCUCACUCAAAGAGCGGCUCCUUGCCAUCCGACGGAUACUAGUCAUCAUCACGCGUAAGAUGAAUAGUCGGCAAGAGCUGGCUAAUGCCAGGGAGAGAAAUAAUUGAUUUUUCUCUCUGUCAAGGUUUCUGGAAGCCCUUGUACUUUUAUAAAUGUCAGGCAUGGACGAAUAGCCGUCCAUUCAUUGUGCUUUGUCAAGUGCUUGUGGAUAAGGUUCCAAAAUGGGACGCUUGCCAAACAUUGAGUCCUCAAAAAUGACAAUUCUGUGUCUGGUGGGAUCUGAUCUGUACAAGGUUAGCCUGAAGUCUGAAUGGAGCCCAUAGUUGGAAAAAAAAAAAAAACCUAAGAAAAUCUCUUGGAAGCAGGUGCUUGGGGAAUGCAGUUCACUGACAGCACAGGACCCUGCAGAUGGUUUACAUGUGGUUUAGGUUUCACGAGAAAGAAGGGAUUCCCUUCCCAGUCAGUAUCUUGCUCUGCCAGAUGGUAAAGGCAUACUUCAGUGUGUAGACAAUAUGGGGAACCACGUUUUUAUCUGGAAGUGGAUUUCUUAGAACACAGGCUAACCAAAACUACGCUUAGGCUUUGCGUGUUGCUGUGAAGUUGUCUGUGAAAUUGAAUAAUCACACCAUUGUUCAGUGCAGGAGCCCAAACUAGUCCUUACCCAAGAAGUAGUAGCCACCGGAUAGAACUGUGUUUAAUGUCCUGUUGUAGUCCCAGGUGUUGUAAGUUGCAUGUUGUAAUCAAAUGAGUGUCAAAACAUAAGAAAGUAUACCUUGGAUAUAGGAAAACCUGAGAACAGUAUAGUUCACUGGAGGAUAUAUAUAUAUAUAUAUUUACACACAAUAAAGUGAGCAAAAGUGAGUUAAAAUUGUAUAUGCAUUGGGAUGUCAAACAUCAAACCACCAAGUGCAAAGAAUGCCUUGAAAGUAGAACCUUGUCUCAUUGCUCAAUGGUUACUAAGCAUUUAGGAAACAGUCAUCUUUUUCUGUUGGGAUUUGCAUUAGAAAUUAGCCCCGUCCAUAAAUUUCAGUUUACUCGCCGUUUAUUAACAUACAAGAACACUAAAAAUCUGCCAUGCCAUGGUAAAUCUGUCUGUUCCAGGAAAAUAGAUCAGAAUAUACAAAGGGAGGAUGGCCGGUAUGGGAUGUAAAUAUUCAGUAAGUUUUUCUCCAACACUAACCUAAAAUUAUCUUUAUUUUUUUGAAAGAAAGUUUGACGGUGAUCAGACCAGGUGUUAUCUGUUAAAGGACAGUAGUGUAAUUUCCAUCGUGUAAUGCACGUUGUGAUAUUGAUUGGAAUAACUGAAUCUGAGAUACUCAUAUGUUCUCUCUGGCUCAACCAGCUGGUACAUUUAGUUGGCUUCCUCUGUGAGGUGGGUGUUCUUAACCAGAGGGUCACAACCACUAAAGAACACAUCACAGCUGCCAGUUUUGCUUUGUUCAUUGAAGGUGUAUGUGAUGUUUUAGUUUUAAAAUAUACAUAUCUCAUAAUAUACAAUAUUGGUGGUAUAUCAAUCCAUCAAGCAUUUUGUUAGAAAGAUUUUAUAAUAUUAUUAAUUUUUCUUUUAGUUUUCAGUAGAUAAAACUCAGUCUCAUCAUGGAAGUUAGAAAAUACCAGGAUCACUUAAUUAUAAGGAGAAAAUGUGAAAGUAUUUUCCAAUCCAAUGUUUCAAGUGCCUCACUUAUUGUGAAUCUCAGAUACCAUCUUGAGAUGGUUUAAUGGCAGUUUGGCCAAGUGAUUUCUAAGAGAUUUUAUGAAUUUAUGCAUCAACAAUAGUAUUCAGCUUUCUUAGGCAUUAUAACCUAACCUGAUCAUUUGAUUGGAAUAACUGAAUCAGUCAUUGAUUGGAAUAAAAUAAAGAAAACAAAAUGCAUCUCACAUGCCCAAAGACCUUUACCAGAAGCGGUUCAUGAAAAUCGAUGUGCAUUGACCAUUCUCAGCCUUUCCCUUUUGGAAAAUGUUUUUGUACCUUCAUAUCACAGCUGAAUAGUUGUCAUUGCUGUUUCCAUUUGGAGGUGUCUAAAUAACCACAAUGUGAUCACAGCCUCUCCACGAGCCUUCCUGAAGUUUAGUUGGUAAGCUUGCUACACCAUUUGGAACCUGUUGCUUUCUCUUCCUCACUCUUUAAGUGUCAUAAGGUCACACAGUUCUUAGAAUCAGAACUAUUCAGUUAUUUCUUCACCAUUCUGCCUGGCUUUCUGAGUCUUCUCAUUCUGCGUGUUAUGUAAAAGCCUGAACAACAAUGAUGACGCAGACGAGAGCAACACACAUUUUUAUUUUUUGGUAGAGAGGUUUUUAUUUUUUUGAUACCAGAGGGAAUUAACUAUGAUCACGUCGUGCUCUCUCUGUUCAGCAUUACACCCCCGCAUACUGCGGCGUGGGAGCAGAUUGGUACUUACCGAGCGCUUAGAAACAUCACGCGUCAGUAACCUGGUCAGGGUGACAGCAUCCUACGGUCAUGUCAUGAAGGAAGCCUCCUUUUACAAACCU